AUGAGUUCCACCCGGACGUCGGCACCUAAGGGCUCUUGGAAUCAAGAAAGACGUCUCUCGACGCCUCCUCCAUCAUCACGUCCGACCACCGGCAUCAUAUCCAAACUUCCGUCGUCAUGGAUACCAUACGCCGAGCUGAUACGCCUGGACAAACCGGCCGGAACACACUACCUUUUCUUUCCGUGUAUGUUCUCGACCCUCAUGGCAGCUCCAAUGGCCAUGCCCAUGACAACACUUCCCGAAGUGUUAUCGACGACAGCUCUCUUCUUCACUGGCGCGCUCAUUAUGCGAGGCGCCGGCUGUACCAUCAAUGACCUUUGGGAUCGAAAUUUGGACCCUUACGUGGAACGAACCCGAUUACGGCCUAUUGCCCGAAAAGCCAUUUCGGUCGAAAAUGCGAUUGUAUAUUUAGGUGCUCAGCUCCUUGUUGGCUUGGCUCUUCUCCUCCAGUUUCCUACACCUUGUCUUUACUAUGGAGUUCCCAGUCUUCUUUUGGUGGCCACAUAUCCUCUGGCGAAGCGAGUCACCCAUUACCCUCAAUUUGUUCUGGGCUUGACCUUCUCCUGGGGAGCAAUCAUGGGAUUUCCCGCUUUGGGAAUUGAUCUUCUAUCCAACUCCUCCGCCUUCGGUGCAGCUGCAGCACUGUACUCUAGUUGUGUUGCAUGGACCCUGAACUACGAUAUGAUAUAUGCCUAUAUGGACAUCAAGGAUGACGCCAAAGCCGGCAUAAAGUCAAUAGCUCAGGCUCAUGAGCACAACGCCAAAACUGCGUUGUCUGCCUUUUCUGCCGCCCAGGUCGGACUUCUUACAGCAGCCGGGUAUUGUGCCGGUGCCGGUCCUGUUUUCUUCAUCGGAAGCUGUGGAGGGGCUGCUUUGACUCUGGGAACCAUGAUUCGGCGAGUCGACCUGAAAGAUGUCAAAGAUUGUUGGUGGUGGUUUAAGAACGGAGCGUGGCUGACCGGCGGAGUCAUCUCUGUUGGAUUGCUGGGUGACUACCUUCACCGCAGGAUCAACGAGGAGCCCAGAGGAGAGAGAGAGGUCGUAUCGGCUUAG